UAAUUGUACAAGAACAGAGGAACAGAGGUACCAACUACAGAAGGAAUGGAAGAAGAAUAUUUACAAUGAACACAUUUGGACAUUGUUAAGCUUUCUUUUUUGCUAAACUGUUAUAAGGAACUUGAAAGGUUACAUUUCAAACUACAGUUCCAAAAAUAAAAUGGAUUUGAAACCAGUUAUAGUGAUCCAUGGUGGUGCUUGGGCAAUCCCUGAUCAUCUUGCAGAAUGCAGCAAAAUUGGUGUAAAAAAUGCAGCAAAAUGCGGAUACUCGGUCCUUGUAAACAGAGGGAGCAGCAUGCAGGCUGUUGAAUCUGCUGUGCGGGUAUUGGAAGAUGAUAUAAGUUUUGAUGCAGGUCACGGUGCUGUACUGAAUGCUGAUGGUGAUGUCGAGCUUGACGCAGUCAUAAUGGAUGGCAAAAAUCUUGCUGCCGGUUCUGUCUCCUGCAUUAAAAAUAUUUCAAAUCCAAUCACAUUUGCUCGUACAGUCCUAGAAAAGACUUCGCACACAAUGUUGACUGGAAAAGGAGCUGAUGCAUAUGCUGAAAAGAUGAAUAUUGCCAGAGUCUCGAGAGAUGAGUUGGUAACAGAACAUGCCAUUCAGGAAUGGGAACAGUACCAUAAAUAUAAGCAAAGUGUCACAAACCUUUUUAAUACUGAAAAGGUACAUGAUACAGUUGGGGCUGUGGCAAUAGAUUGUCAGGGUAAUGUGUCCUGUGCCACAUCAACUGGAGGAAUAACAAACAAAAUGGUCGGUCGUGUUGGAGACAGUCCAAUAAUAGGCUGUGGAGGGUAUGCAGACAAUCAUGUUGGUGCUGUAUCUACCACAGGACAUGGGGAGUCUAUUAUGAAAGUCACUCUUGCAAGGCUUGUGCUUUUUUAUAUGGAACAAGGUGAAACACCACAGAAGGCUGCAGACCAGGCUCUUGAGUACAUGAUAAACCGAGUACAUGGGAGAGGAGGGCUUGUAGUUGUCAGUAAGAACGGACAGUGGGCAGCACGGUUUACCACGAAAAGAAUGGCUUGGGCCAGCAUUCAAGAUGGAGUUUUAACCUUUGGCCUGAACCCUGAUGAAAUAUUUCAAGAAUCUCUAGACAAUUUCUCUUAGUAGCUCUGAAGAUGUGUUAAAUGGAAAAUUAUA